AUGAGAUUCUUCACAUCCGUUACUGAUAGCUUAUUACGCGUCCGGGUGCCUGUGAUACUUUGGAUACUCGGCACAUUGUUCUUUCAGGUAUCGACUGUCCACGCCCACACUGAUGCAUUCGAACCUCUGGAGUCGACCAUUGGGAGCGUACGGGCUGCGCUUGUCACGAAUUCGAGUACCUGCCGUACUGUAGUAUCUUCUUUCCUUUCUCGUAUUGAGAGAUUCAACCCAACUAUCAAUGCAGUUAUUAGCCUUAACCCUGAUGCUCUCUUAGCAGCAGAUGAGUUAGACAAGAAACUUGCUGCCGGCAACUUAGCAGGCAAGCUUCUUUGUGUUCCCGUCCUGUUGAAGGACAACUAUGACGCUGUAGGCACGAACACAACAGGAUCGUGUGCUGAUUUGGCCGGUAACCGCCCCAUCGUCGAUACCCCUUCUGUCAAGGCACUUAAGAAAGAAGGUGCUGUGAUUCUAGGUAAAACGAAUCUACACGAAAUGGCGCUGGAGGGCCUCACGGUGUCCUCGCUAGGAGGACAGACGAUAAACCCAUACGAUCAAACACGGACUCCGGGGGGUAGUAGUGGUGGUACGGAUGCUGUCAACAGUCUCCGUAGUCCGGCAAGCGCGAAUAAUCUCGUCAGCGUGCGUCCGACUUGGGGGCUUAUAUCGAGAGCGGGUAUCAUGCCCAUCAGCUACACACAGGACAGUAUUGGGCCUAUCGCAAGAAACAUUCAAGACCUUGCGGUUGCACUCACCGUAAUGACGAGCGUUGGUGCCGACGAAGCUGAUAAUGCCACUCUCCUUGUCCCACCGGAGGCCAGGGGAAUAGAUUAUACACGAGGUUUAAACGAUGGAAGUCUCAAUGGACUUCGGAUUGGAUUGUUGGACGGAUUCUGGAACCACACGGCAUCUGAUGAGACAACUCCGGUAAUCGACGCUCUGAAAAGCACCAUUGACUUCCUCGAAUCAGAGGGUGUCGAAAUCAUCAAUGUGACAGAAUCGAUCUACAACGCAUCAUCCUUGGCUGAUUUCGAUGUCCAGCAAUAUGAAUUCAAAGAAUCCCUAAACAAUUACCUGUCUAGUCCGAACCUUACAGGGGAUAGACCGACUACUCGGGACGAGGUAUAUGAGAGUGGGAAAUUCCUGGUUAUCCCAGCUCAAUACAGCUUCGUAAACAACUCCAGGGUUUGGUCACCAGCUGAUCCGGGAUAUACAAUGGCUAAGCAAGGGAUAGAUCGCCUCAAAGCGGCAGUUAAUGAAACAUUCGUUAGGAAUAAGCUCGAUGCUGUCAUCUACCCGGAGCAGAAAAAUCUCGUAGUCAAAAUCGGCUCGCCGUCCCAAGCCGGACGUAAUGGUAUCCUUGCCGCACUGACUGGUGUCCCCGUGGUCACCGUUCCAGUCGGAUUUUCGCAACCAUCGCCGGAUGCGCCGAUCGGUGUUCCCAUCGGAAUGGAGAUAUUAGGCCAUCCAUUCAGCGAGGAGAAACUGCUUAACAUUGCUAAUCACUUUACCUGCCUCCGACCAUUGCGCAAGACGCCGGCGUUCGCAAACGAUACCGUGCCGACGAAACCUUAUAUUUCGGUGCCGGUGGUGCAUCCAAAUAUCUCCAAUAUUUCUCCAGCAUACCCUCUCGGUGUCCUUUACUAA